AUGCGUCUCUCGCUAGUCACGAUCUCACUCGCCCUCGCUACCUCCUCGACAGCGUUCCCUACAGCAGGACACGCUGCGCAGAAGGACCCCGCUGGGUGCCCAUUUGCUGCCAGUUCGGCCGGCUCCAAGCGUCAAUAUAACGCAGCUCCAUCGGGCAACUUUGAUCCAGUCAAACAGAAGAUUGAUGUGACUGGCAAGUAUGCGUUCAAGCCACCCGGUCCAGGUGAUAAGAGGGGACCAUGUCCAGGUCUGAAUGCUCUCGCAAACCAUGGGUACAUUCCUCGCAAUGGAGUGACCCCCUUUAUGCAGGCCGUCGAAGCUUCUAACAAGGUGUUUGGUAUGGGCAAGGAGAUCGGUUUGUCCUUGUCCAUUGUAGCGGUUGUUUUGACAGGCAACCCGACUACCUUGGAUUAUUCGAUUGGCGGAAGUCCGGGUGGACUCAAUAUCCCCCUGUUACUGUCAGCUCCUCAAGGCUUGAGCGGGGCACAUAACAAGUUCGAGAGCGAUGGAUCGCCUACUCGCUCAGAUUUGUACAUGAAUAACGGGGAUGCUAGCACUAUGAACCUCGAAUAUUUCAAGCAGCUCUCUACCAUGAAGUCUGAGGAGGAUCCCAAUGCCAACUUCGAUUAUGACACGAUGAUCACACACCGGGCUAAUCGAUUCAAUACUUCUGUAUCAGAGAAUCCCCACUUCUUCUAUGGACCAAUUACUGGGGUUUUUCUUCAGCCUGGUGCACACGGGUUCAUCCCCCGGCUUAUGUCCAACCACUCUGCGGAGGCUCCGGACGGCAUAUUGAAUCACAAUACGCUCAGGUCAUUCUUUGGAGUUAGCGGGAGUGGUAACAAUCUCACGUACCUGAAGGGACACGAUCGGAUCCCGGAUAACUGGUAUAGGCGACCCAAUGACUAUACCCUUGUGGAAUAUCUUUCUGAUGUAGUGUACGCCGCCGGAAAGCAUCCUCAGUUCAUUUCUAUCGGAGGAAACACCGGAAAAGUGAAUAGCUUUGCUGGGGUCAGCCUUGAUAACCUCACUGGAGGUGUCUAUAACUCGGCCAACAUACUGCAAGGGAAUAAUCUCGUUUGCUUUACGUACCAAGUGUUAUUGAACGUGACGCCCGACAUCCUAAGAGGCACCGUGGCGGGAUUACUUCUGACCAAUGUGCUUGGCCUGUUGAGUAAAACGCUCUCGCCAAUUUUAUCGGGUUUUACUUGCCCCGAGUUGAUCAAGUAUGAUGGAUCUGUAUUUAAGCCUUAUCCUGGUGCUGGCGCUGCUCUUUGA